UAGGACUUGAAGUCGAUCCUCUCGAUCAUCACACCAAAAUCAUUAACAUUUGCAAAGCUCUACUUUACCUCUCUUCAGCACAAGUACCCGUCUUCGCUUGGUUAUAUAUGGCUGAAUCUGUGCAGGCUCCCCUUCUUCCACAACCUCCACCUAAGCGUGACGAUGCAGACGAAUUCCUAUCAACUUUCGAUUCAGUUCCUCUUUUUAUGAAGUCAUUGCCCGAUGACACCGACAACAUAGCAGUAGAAGCUUUGCAGAGUCUUGCAUUCGAGGGUACACCUGAUGAGAUUGCACAGAACUUCAAGGAACAAGGCAACGAUUACUUCAAGGGAAAGCGCUACCGAGAAGCAUUGGGAUUUUAUACACAAGGAGUAGAUGCUAAGCCAACAGAUCCCAUCCUACUGGAAGCUUUGCUGUGCAACCGAUCUGCUUGCAAUCUUGAACUUAAAAAUUAUGGUUCGGUGCUCAAGGACUGUUCGAAAGCCCUAACUGUCAACCCAAAAUCAUCAAAGGCGUAUUAUCGAUCUGCCACUGCGUUGAUUGCUCUGGACCGCUUGGACGAGGCACUCGACUGUUGUGAUCGUUGCUUACAAUUUGAUGCGGAGAACAAGGGCAUACAGACACUUCGUGAUCGUGCGUUACAGCUGAAGGAGGCCAAGGAGAAACGCGAGCAGGAAAAGCAAGAGCGUAUUUGGAAAGAAAAAGAAGAGAAGCUUCGUAUUCAAAAGGCAUUGGAUGCUCGUGGACUCCUCAUUCUUGUAAACCCCUCUGGACCAUCUGAGAAUCCCUACGUACCACAUUUUGAUCCAGAAGACUCCUCAGGACAAACGCUGAUUCUCCCUGUCCUCUUCUUGUACCCGCAAUAUGCAACGUCGGAUAUAAUCUCGCAUUUCGUCGAAGACACACCUUUUUCUGCUCAUGUAGAAGCCAUGUUCCCGCCGCAAGCACCAGCUCCAGAAUGGGACAAGAAUGAGGAAUACAUCGCCGGAAACCUAGUCAUAUAUGCCAUGACACACAGGAAGCGGCUUCUGAAAGUGGGCAGAAACAUGACUCUCAGAGAUGUGUUCAAGCAUGGACGAGAGAAACCGGGGGAACCAAAGGAUGGGUUAGAGGUGAAAGAUGGAUGUCUAACGUUCGUAGUCUUGCCUCGGGGAGAUGCUGAGAAGAAAUGGAUAGAAGAAUUCAAGAAAACUAGGGACAGCAAUUAACUUCGUUGCGCAUGAUGUCUGAGGUUAUCGGCGUGCUUGACACCCGACUCAUAUGUGUAAUAGUGCUUUGGUUCGUCGUCGUACGUAGGAUAGCACAAACAAGACCUGGUCACAUAUCAAGAGGAUACACCGGGCAAAAUAUAAAUCCGUAUUCUCACGC